AUGGACACAACCUCCAACGAGGCCGCCAUACGUCUACAACCCUUAGGUGGGCAUGGCACCUUCACCAUCAAAACCACCAGCGCGGCCUUUCUGGCCAUUGCGCUAUACAACGCGGUUGAGCUUCUGAUUCUCAUCCUGGGGAACUUCCAUCAUCAUCAUGGCAUCUAUUUCUGGUCGCUCCUCCUAUCGACAGCCGUGGGCGUCGUCCCCUUCUCGAUAGGGGCCAUCAUCGACCUGUACAACCUGAGCCCGUUAUGGGUGAUCCUCGUUAUGAUCGACCUCGGCUGGAUAUUUAUGGUUGGGGGGCAAAGCGUGGUGCUCUACUCCCGUUUACAUCUCGUCUCGCGCAAUGAUCGCGUUCUCCGCUACCUCCGUUAUAUAAUCAUCAUUGAUACCCUUAUCCUUGCCACACCGAUGAGCGUCAUCUACUUCACAACCGCUUACGCAAAACCGAGAGUAUGGGCUAGGGCCUUCUACAUCAUGGAAGUCAUUCAGGUCAUCUGGUUCUCCGUCCAGGAAUGUGUCAUCUCCGCCUUCUGGAUCGUGGAAACGGCGAGGCUGAUUCGCCUCCGCCCGGGACACGACAGACGGCGAAAGCGAACCAUGUACGAGAUCCUCGCGAUCAAUCUCGCUGCGAUUUUGAUGGACAUCGCUCUCUUAGUGCUACAAUUCUCGGGUUACUACUAUGUUCAGGUUCCCGUGAAGGCUACCGUGUAUAGUAUCAAGCUCAAGUUGGAAUUUGCAGUCUUGGGGAAGCUGGUCCAUCUCGCAACCGCCCAACACACGGACUCCAUGGGACUUGGAGGAUCACCAGUCAUGACUCCUGUUGACGUCGCUGCUAGUAGCUCUCCGUCAAGUGACGCUUCUAAGGUGCAUCGGUCUAUGAAAAUCCCGGGUGAAUUUUGGAAGCCAACACCAAAGCACAACGCCGCGAGCGGAGCGCCAAUGUGA